AUGGACGGGAAGCGCAACAUUGUCAUCGUCGGUGGCGGCAUCAUUGGGUGCACCACGGCCUAUUAUUUGACCCGCCACCCCAAGUUCAACCCUGCGCUUCACACAAUCACACUUCUCGAAGCCGCUCCUACCGUUGCCGCAGGUGCGUCGGGCAAGGCCGGCGGCCUCUUGGCUCUCUGGGCGUAUCCGUCAUGCCUCGUCCCGCUGUCAUACAAGCUGCACAACGAGCUGGCGACCGAGCAUGACGGCGCGCAGAAAUGGGGCUACCGGCAGCUCACCUGCGGCAGCUUUGAGGCUACCGUCUCCAAGAGCAGGCUCGAUGAGAUGAAAAAGGCCAAGGAUGAGGGCAAGGCCUGGGAGAAGCUCCCGAAACAGGACGACGCCGCCAAGGAACUAUUGGAACCUGGGGCCUUGCCGCAACACCUCGACUGGGUUGACCGUGACUCCAUCUCAGGGUGGGCAGAGAUGGGCCGCCCGGGCACGACAGCAACCUCUCAAGUUCACCCCCUACACUUCACCAGGGCCAUUGCCGAGCUCGCGCAAAAGGCGGGCGUCGAGCUGCGGACGCAUGCCAAGGUCACCAAGCUGGUCACCUCGAAAACUGCGGUCGAGAAGGUGGAAUAUCAGGACAGAACCACCAACGAGACCAGGGAAGUACGCGAUGUAACGGAUGUUAUUGUCACUGCGGGCCCGUGGACAGGCCGAUUGCUGCCGCGAGCCAAGGUCGAGGGUCUUCGAGCUCACAGCGUCGUGUACGAGGCGGAAGUCACCCCGUACGCCGUCUUCACCGACAUACAACUCCCCUCAAACUUUGUCCCUGAUCAUCGCGCAAAGAUGGGUCAACGUAAAAUGCAUAAGGGCUCCGUUGAUCCAGAGAUUUACGCCCGCCCGUUCGGCGAAGUAUACGCAUGCGGCGAACCCGACACGCUCAUCCCCCUACCAGAAACAGCAGACCAGGUUCAGUUCGAUGAGGCGCAGUGCGACGACAUCAUCUCCUACAUUGCCACCAUUAGUCCCGUGCUCGCCACCGCACCUGUCAAGGCAAAGCAAGCCUGCUACCUGCCGCGGCACAUGCGGUUCGGGCAAGAAAGCGGACCGCUGCUGGGCAGGACGACCGUCCCGGGGCUGUGGGUGGCGGCAGGGCAUACGUGCUGGGGUAUCCAGAAUGGCCCUGCGACGGGCAAGCUCAUGUCUGAGUACAUCUUUGACGGCGAGGCAACCAGCGCCAAUGUCGAAAAGCUUGACCCGCGGAAGUUCAAGGUAUAA